AUGGCCGCCACCGAUGACGCACCGGACCUCGACGGUGCCCUAUAUGCGCUCAUGCGCGCCUUCGCCAUGAUCAUCGUCUCCGAGGUCGGUGACAAGACUUUCCUCAUCGCCGCCAUCCUCGCAAUGCGCCAGCCGCGCCUCGUUGUCUUUGCCGGUGCCUUCGCCUCGCUCGUCGUCAUGUCCAUACUCUCCGCCGCGCUCGGGCAUGUCCUGCCGACGCUCAUCCCGCGCAAGUGGACACAGGCGUGCGCCGCGCUCAUGUUCUUCGUAUUUGGUGCGCGUAUGCUCCAGGAAGGCCGUGCGAUGCAGGGUGGCAGCGACAAAAUGCGCGAGGAGAUGAAGGAAGCGGAGGAGGAAAUCGAGCUCGACGAGGCCGGGCACGACGGAGACGUGGUACCUCUGGAGGCGGUCGAGGAGGGCGGCAGGCCUCAGAGGGAGUCGAAUGGCAGUGCAAGACCUGCGCGUCCGCCGCAGACGAAGGCGCUCAAGGAGGCGACCCGCAAUUUUUUCAGCCUUUUCCUCGGGCCGGUGUUUGUGCAGGCGUUCGUGUUGACCUUCCUCGGCGAGUGGGGGGACCGCAGUCAGAUAGCUACCAUCGGCCUAGCUGCGGCACAUAAUGUAUACCUGGUGGCACUGGGAACUAUCAUCGGCCAUUCAUGUUGUACGGCGGUCGCAGUCACAGCCGGCCGAUACGUUUCCACGAAAGUCUCUGUGAAGCACGUGACACUUGCCGGAAGCGCACUCUUCCUAAUCUUCGGCAUAAGUUACCUCUACGAAGCAUUCCUCUCCAUAGACCCAGACGACGCGGACUUUCAUCUGCCCUGA